AGCACACGUGGCAAUGGCGCGGGGGUCGCGGUUAGGUGUGUUUGCAGCGCUCGGGUGUUCGCUAUCGUAGUUAUUUAAGCUCCAAGACCUGAACAGGUGAGUCAUGGCCGAGUUCGUGCAGAAGCGGCUGGAGGAGUCGCUCCCAGAGCUGGAGCAGCUGGAGCGUGUCCAGCUGUUCACUAAGGAGGAGGUGCGCUCGGUCAUCAAGAAGCGCAAGGAGUUUGAGUACCGACUGCAGCGUAAGCGCAAGGCCAAGGAGGACUUCACCCGCUACAUCGAGUACGAGCGAAGCCUGCUGCAGCUAAUCUGGAAGCGGCGGCAACGGCUGGGCUACAAGCACAAGCAGGCUGACAUCGACCACAAGAUCGUGACUCGCAUCUCGCAGCUUUACCGCAUCGCCUGCAUCCGCUUCAGCGACGACGUGUCGCUGUUCUUGGCGCACGUGGCGUUCUGCCGGCAGAUGCGCCAGCUGGCGCAGGGCAGCCGCGUGUUCACGCGCCUGCUCCGCACGCACGGCCACCGGCCCGAUGUCUGGGAGGCGGCCGCGCUGUACGAGAUGGACGACAACAACAGCCCCGAGACGGCGCGCCAGCUGAUGCUGCGCGCGCUGCGGCUGCACCCGGAGUCGACGGCGCUGUGGACGGCCCACUUUCGGCUGGAGCUCGGCUAUGCCGCCCUCCUGCGCCGUCGUCAGAAUCUGCUCGGCGUGACGACCAAGCCGGAGAAGGCGACGGAGCCGGAGGAGGCGGGGGAGAAAUCGGGGCAGGCGCCGGCCGACCCCGUGCUGGAGGGCGCCGUAGCGCGCGCGGUGGCGCGCCAGGCCGUGCGCCGCCUGCCCGAGGUGGACCCGAAGGCGGACCCGUGCCGGCUGCUGACCGGACUGCUGGCCGUCUGCCGUGAGUUCGAUUUCGCCGCCGGCCUGGAGCGCGAGCUGCGCGACGAGCUGCGCGCCUCCUUCCCGCAGCGCGCGCUCACCUACGACACACUGGCGCGCGCCGCGCUGCAGGGUGACCGUGCGCCGACCAAGUUGCGACACCGCCUGCGGGCCUGCUGUGAGCUGUACGAGCAUGGGCUGGAGGCGGCGGCGCCGGCCGACGAGCUGUACGAGCUGUACCUGAGCUCGCUGGUGGAGACGGCGCGCGCCGCCGCCCGCCAUCGUCACCUGGUGCUGCCGCGACUGGAGGAGGUGUUGGGCCGCGCCGCCGCCGCCGGCGCCGUGUCCGAGUCGGCCUUCCUCGGCGUGGCGGCGCUGUACGCCGAGCUGGGCAUGGCCGACCAGGCGGCGGCGACGCUGCGGACCGCCACGGACGCGCACCCGGCCUCAGCCGCCCUCUGGUGGAAGCUCGUGCAGGCGCUGGCCGACUCCGGCGACGAAUGUUCGCCGCGCACCACCUGCGACCGCCGGUAG